AUGACCGCGACAGUGAAGAUGCAUGGCUUGAACCCAACGCUAGUCAACUUCUUCUGGGAUACAUUGCCAUUUCGCUCUCUCCAGACACAUGCUUUAGUCUCGGGGGACCAUUUAUAUCACCGUGUUCUACCCGAAGCCUUGAUUUACAGCAACCCUCAGUACAAUGUUCCGGGCAGAGCCGAUGAGCCCAAUGGUACUGUAUUUCUUUCUAAGCUCCAGCACUUAGCCAUCAAGUAUGACCCAGUGACUGAAAGCCACCCCGCGGCCCGUUGUGCGAACAUCAUCCCUGAGGAUUUAGAGAAGCUGCGCUGGGUUGGGCAUGAGCUUCGGAGAUGUCAAUACGAGACGAAGCAACCUAUUGAGGUAGUUCUUUGGGAUACUUCCAUGCUGGAGCCCGACCCUAAAACCCUGUCGCUUCGUCUUCAACGAACCGAUGUAACCAGAGGGGUAAAGGCCCUUGUUGAAGAAGUCCAUAAAGAGACGGAGAGGUCUUGGACCGGUAUCGCUCAAGAUAUUAAUAUUAAUAGCAUACAUAAUAACAUUCUUAAGGUUGUGGCGACACAUCCCGACGAGCUUGUCACCGUCCCGGCUAAAUUCCUUGGUUACGUGGGCACGGAAUUUCUCUGCGAGAGCCACCCUAAGAUCGAUAAUCUGAUCAGACUAAACGGUGAAGGUGACCCCAACCAAGAGGUGGCUCGCGAGGACUUCCUGGCUAUGGUGAGUGUGUUGGCCCAGUAUGUCAAUCUCCUCAAUGCGCAAAACCUGAACAUGUUCACUGGAAGCAUACCUCCCAUGUACGAUUCUAGACUUACUGCAACGGAUAAAUUUUAUUAG